AUGUCGAUUAGUUUCGAGGUUAAGCGAGUUGAAGUCAAUGGCUAUCCGGCCAGAAUACUGCUACAGAAUGAGAAUGGGCCCUGUGCAUUGCUUGCAAUGUGUAACGUUCUGCUGUUAUCACCGCAACAUAAGAGACAGGCUCGAGACCUAAUUGAGCUUGUCGAUAGACAAGAUACCGUAACUCUAAAUGAAUUGAACACUGUUCUUGCCAAUAUUGCUGUGCAGAAUACGCAAGGUGAGCAUUCGGACGUGAACCAUCUUUUGCAGUUGCUACCGCAACUGCACACAGGCCUCAGCAUCGACCCAGUUUUUAACGGGUCGUUCUCCGACGGCGAAGAAAUGUCACUUUUCAGAAUCUUCAAUGUGAGUAUUGUUCACGGCUGGAUUGCAGACAUGCACCACGAUCCAGACCAGUAUGGACACGUUGCGGGUUACUCUUACGAAAGCGCUCAAAAGAGGCUAGUUGAGGCGUAUGAGAUUCAACACGGUCAACCCGGUAGUGCAAGCGUUACGCAAAACCAUGCCAUUCUGGAAGAUGCGAACUACAUAAAGGCGUUUUUGGCGCGCUCAGCAACUCAACUGACUGACUAUGGCCUUGUGCAUCUAAAAGAAGUGCUCCUGGAAAAAUCGUACGCUAUUCUCUUCCGAAACGACCAUUUCUCAACGAUAAUCAAGAGCAACGGCGAAUUGUUCUUGCUUGUCACUGACCAAGGGUUUCGCUCGAGCCCAGAUAUUGUUUGGCAGUCUUUAAAGUCUGUCAAUGGAUCCCAGGACACAUUCUACACGGGCGAUUUUAUUUCAGCAUCUUUGCAGAAGGCGGGUACUCAGACGUCUUACCGGACUCAGGGCGCAUCGCAACAUGGAUCCAACCCGUUUUUGGACCCGCAGGACACGCGAUCCAGCCCGCGAGGCAAUGAGUACAUGACUGACGAGGAACUCGCGCGUCAAUUGCAGGAACAGGAAGACGCACGGGUGGCUCGUAGCAUGCAAAGAGGCUAUACGGGACGCCGUGGAACCGCUGAUGAGGCGGAGCCAUCCAACUCGAAAUCCAAGAAAAAGAGUAGAAAAACGGGUCGCAAGAGAGACAAGCUGAAGAAAAGCUGUACAAUUAUGUGA